GCUGCAUUCGGAAGUCAUGCUUGAAAACCAUAGGAAUGUGGUCUCUCUGGGUAAUACUGGGCAGGAGAAUCAAGAUUCCUGGGAACUGUUCCAAGUGAUCAAUGCUAAAGAUGGAAUGGAGAACUUUGGAAUUCAAACGGAAAUAGAAAGCCAUGAGAGAAACCAGUCAAAUAAUUGGAAUCAAGAUAGCUCAUCUUCCACUGAUGCUCCAAUGCAAGACUUUCUUGCCCAACAAGAGAAAAUAUGGAAAAAAUACAUUGAGGAAAGUGUGAAGCCAAUCAAAGCUAAAUUACCUGUAAAUGAACACUAUUUAACACAAAACAAAGGAGAAGAUGGUAUAGGACACAACGGACAAAAUUGCAAUGGGACAUUCAUUCAUUCUCUUGGAAAUAACUUCCUUACAUCUCAAAAAGUGAUUCAUACUAAAAAGGAUCCUUAUAAAUGUCUGGAAUCUGGAAAACAUUUUAGAACAAGCAGGCAACUUACUUCCCAUGAAAGAAUUCACACUGGGGAGAAACAGUGUUCAGAAGCCCCUGUAGCCCAUGCAGCCCAGUCCCUCCAGGCAGCAGAAGAGAAACCAUAUAAAUGCAUGGAGUGUGGGAAAACCUUUAUUCAUAGCAAUGGACUUAGAAACCACAAAAUGAUCCACACAGGAGAGAAACCAUAUAAAUGCAUGGAGUGUGGAAAGACCUUUGCUCUACGCAAUAGACUGACUGUGCAUAAAAAGAUCCACACAGGGGAAAAGCCAUUUAAAUGUAUGGAGUGUGGGAAAACCUUUACUCAAAGUGGUCAUCUUAUUUCCCAUAAGAUGAUCCACACCGGGGAGAAGCCAUUUAAAUGCAUGGAUUGCGGAAAGACCUUUGCUCACAGAGGUAAUCUUAUUUCCCAUCAAGUGAUCCACACAGGGGAGAAACCAUAUAAAUGCAUAAGUUGUGGAAAGACUUUUGCUCGUAGUGGUGAUCUUAGAAACCACAAAAAGAUCCACACAGGGGAGAAGCCAUUUAAAUGCAUGGAAUGUGGAAAGACCUUUGCUCAAAGAGAUAAUCUUAUUUGCCAUAAGAUUAUCCACACAGGGGAGAAGCCCUGUAAAUGCAUGGAGUGUGGGAAAACAUUUACUCGUAGCUAUGAACUUACUAUACACAAAAAGAGACACACGGGAGAGAAACCAUAUACAUGCAUGCAGUGUGGGAAAACAUUUACUCGUAGCUAUGAACUUACUAUACACAAAAAGAGACACACAGGAGAGAAACCAUAUAAAUGCAUGCAGUGCGGGAAAAACUUUAUUCGUAGCUAUGAACUUACUAUUCACAAAAAGAGACACACGGGAGAGAAACCAUUUAAAUGCAUACAGUGUGGGAAAACCUUUACUCGUAGCAAUGAACUCGCUAUCCACAAAAAGACCCACACAGGGGAAAAACCAUUUAAAUGCACGGAGUGUGGGAAAGCCUUUACUCAAAGCAAUGGACUUAGAAACCACAAAACAAUCCACACAGGAGAGAAACCCUAUAAAUGCAUGGAGUGUGGAAAGACCUUUGUUUACAACAGUAGUCUUACUAAUCACAAAAAGAUCCACACCGAUGAAAAACCAUUUAAAUGUAUGGAGUGUGGGAAAACCUUUACUCAUAGCAAUGGACUUAGAAACCACAAAAAGAUCCACACCAAUGAAAAACCAUUUAAAUGCAAGGAGUGUGGAAAAGCCUUUACUAAAAAAGGUCAUCUUAUUUCCCAUAAGAUGAUCCACACAGGAGAGAAACCAUAUAAAUGCACGGAGUGUGGAAAGACCUUUGUUCAACCAGGUCAUCUUAUUUCCCAUAAGAUUAUCCACACAGGGGAGAAACCAUAUCAAUGCAUGCAGUGUGGUAAAAACUUUACUCGUAGCUAUGAACUUACUAUCCAUGAAAAGAGACACAUGGGAGAGAAACCAUAUAAAUGCAUGCAAUGUGGGAAAACCUUUACUCGUAGCAAUGAACUUACUACCCACAACAAGAUCCACACGGGAGAGAAACCAUAUAAAUGCAUGGAGUGUGGGAAAACCUUUACUCAUAGCAGUGUGUUUAGAAGCCACAAAAAGAUUCAUACUGGAGAGAAACCAUAUAAAUGCAUGGAAUGUGGAAAGACCUUUGCUCUGAGCAAUAGACUUACUAUCCACAAAAAGAUCCACACAGGGGAAAAGCCGUUUGAAUGCAUGGAAUGUGGAAAGACCUUUGCUCAGAAUGGUAAUCUAUCUUCUCAUAAAAGGAUCCACACUCGAGAGAAACCAUACAAAUGCAGAGAGUGUGGUAACAGGUUCAGAAGAUGUAGUAAUCUUAUUUCCCAUAAAAGGAUCCACUCAGGAGAGAAACCAUAUAAAUGCAUGGAGUGUGGAAAGACCUUUGCUCAGAGCAUUGGACUUAGAAGCCACAAAAUGAUCCACACAGGAGAGAAACCAUAUAAAUGCAUGGAAUGUGGAAAGACCUUUGCUCUGAGCAGUAGACUUACUAUCCACAAAAUGAUCCACACAGGGGAAAAGCCAUUUAAAUGCAUUGAGUGUGGAAAGACUUUUGCACAAAGAUGUCAUCUUAUUUCCCAUAAAAGGGUCCACUCAGGAGAGAAACCAUAUAAAUGCAUGGAGUGUGGGAAAACCUUUACUCAUAGCAGUGGACUUACUAUCCACAAAAAGCUCCACACAGGAGAGAAACCAUAUAAAUGCAUGGAGUGUGGAAAGACCUUUGCUCAACGCAGGUAUCUUGCUUCCCAUAAGAUGAUCCACACAGGAGAGAAACCGUAUAAAUGCAUGGAGUGUGGGAAAACCUUUACUCAUAGCAAUUCACUUACUAUCCACAAAAAGCUCCACACAGGAGAGAAACCAUAUAAAUGUAUGGAGUGUGGAAAGGCUUUUGCUCUAAGUAGUACACUUACUAUCCACAAAAAGAUCCACACAGGAGAAAAGCCGUAUAAAUGCAUGGAGUGUGGGAAAACCUUUACUCAUAGCAGUGGACUUACUAUCCACAAAAGGCUCCACACAGGAGAGAAACCAUAUAAAUGCAUUGAGUGUGGAAAGACCUUUGCUCAACGCAGUUAUCUUGCUUCCCAUACAAUGAUCCAUACAGCAGACAAACCAUAUAAAUGCAUGGAGUGUGGAAAGACCUUUGCUCAAAGAGGUCAUCUUAUUUCCCAUAAGAUGAUCCACACAGGAGAGAAGCCGUAUAAAUGCAUGCAGUGUGGAAAGACUUUUACUCGUAGGAGUGUUCUUACUAUCCACAAGAAGCUCCAUACAGAAGAGAAACCAUAUAAAUGCAUGGAGUGUGGAAAGACCUUUGUUCUGAGCAGUAGGCUUAGUAUCCACAAAAAGAUACACACAGGGGAGAAACCAUAUAAAUGCAUGAAUUGUGGAAAGGCAUAUGCUCGGAGCUAUGAUCUUACUUCCCAUAACAAAACCCACACAGGAGAGAAGCCAUAUAAAUGCAUGGAAUGUGGAAAGGGCUUUGCUCGGAAUCAUAGUCUUACUUCUCAUAAAAGGAUCCAUGCUCGGGAGCAACUAUAUAGCAAUAGCCAUUCCACUUAAACUUAUAUACCACUCCAAACUGCUUUACAGCAUUCUCUGAGCAGUUUACAAAGUCAGCAGAUGGUCAGAACUUGGCUCAAAGACAGUAGCUGUGAGUGGGACCUUGGAUUUUGGUUUGGCUAGUCUAGAGAAAAGAAGGAUUAGGAGCGACAUGAUAGCAAUAUUCCAGUAUUUGAGAAGCUGCCACAAAGUCAUUUCCCCCCCCCAAAGCACCAGAGGGCAAGACAAGAAACAAUGGAUGGAAACUAAUAAUUGAGAGAAGCUACCUGGAAUUUCUUUACAGUGAGGACAAUUAAAUGGGCAGAAGCUGGCAGGUGGGCACCCCCCCCACCUGCUCCGGGAGGGAAGGCAGGCUUCACGCCAUCCGACUUAGCCAUCCGUGUGGAGGAGGGCACCAUGGCAGGUGGGAUGGAGGCAGGAGGGACGUGCGAGCAAAUGUUGGGAGCCGAGCUUGGGGUUUGCAAGUGGGCUCAGCGGGGCCACUUAGCAGGGAGGGAGAUUCCUGCCCGUUUGGUUCAAUUCAGCAUGGGGUGGGAAUGCAGAAGGCAGAGGAAAUCCAUGCCUCGGUGUUCCACUAUGAAAGACUCCUUUCCAUCCCAGAAUUUGAUCCUGCGCUCUCUUUCUCACUCUUUUUCCUCUCCUCUCUUUCCUUCCUUCCUUCCCUCCUCCCUCCCUCCCUUCUUUUUUUCUCUCUGUGAUUCUGAUUCUCUAGCGCCUCAUUUCUUGCUGGGUCUUGCGGGUGCUUCUUCCAGCCCUUUUGUGUAUGUGCAGUACCAACAAAGACCAGAAGAAGUGCCUGCAAGACCCAGCAAGAGAUAAGGCAAGUGCAGGGGUGCUUUGCUCCUGCUUUGGAAUAUGGAGUGAGUCUCCAUCCUCCACCAUCUCAGGCCAGAAGAGGAGUGACUGAGAGGGGAAGGUGAGCAGCAGGGCCAGCCAAUGGUGGGAUCACCCGACAGCCGCAGCAGAGGGACAAAAGAGCUGCAUUGAGCUCUGGAACCACAGGCACCCGAGGUAGACAAAUCUGGGAAAUGGAGAUACUGGAUGGCUUUUCCCAGCCAGACGAUUGAGAACCUGCUGGAGAGGUUGAACCAGAUGAGCAUCGAUAGCAUAGGAUAACCAUGCAGAUCUGAAGCGCCCAGAAUGAUCUUGAACUGGCCUACUUUGACAUUUCCACCACACCGUGGUCUGGUUCCAGUUGCAGUGACUCGGCUGGCUAGCCCUCCCCCAGUGCUGUCGGCAGUUUUGUCUGGGUCCACAGCAAAGCCCGCUGCUCCGUCAUCGGUUAGUGAACCCACCUGGCCAUCCACACCACCUGAGAUAGCAAGGACCCCCACCAUGGGCAUAUUACCCUGGGGCCAGCUGGGUCCUGGAGCAAUGGACUUCAUCUUGGGCAUCGCCUCCUCCCCCUCCCCAAUCUGCCCUUCCAGCAAUGAAGGCCACCUUCGACAGGGACCCGAACAAGCUUGCGUUCUUCCUGAAGCAGGAGUGGGCCCACAUACACAAAUCAUGCUGCAGACUACCCCAGCGACUAAGCCAUGGUCCGGGCCAUAACAACAAACUUGAAGGGGAACACAGCAGACUGGGUGACCCAACUCCAUGAUGAAUCCGCACCAGAAAUUUCAGAGCUACUUUUGACAGAACCCCUUGGAAGCUGGUGUACUUUCUGAACUGGAUCUAGUCCCAUCUCUACCUAUGGGGCUCAAUACCAAUCAGACCAGGAAAUAAUCUUGGUGAAAACUCGCUCGGCAAGCCUUUGAGGUUCCUCCCCCACCUUCAAAGUGGGGAGAAGCUCCAGCUCUGGAACCCUCUCCAGGCACCACCAGCAAGAGCAGAGAGGCCAACGAAGAGGAUCCAAUGGUAAAUGAGGCCAUCUAUCCUUUUUCCAUAAAGUUCCAAAUAGUGGUACCCAGAACGGGCUGAGGGGGACAUAGAAGCCGACACAGACACUGGAUGUACUAGGUGCCUAAUUAGUCUCCCCACUGUCCAGAAGACAGGCCUAAUUUUGUGAACAUUUUGCCCUUCAAUAGGUGACUUAGCAUGUCUUUUAUUAGGGGGAGAAGGUGGGUAUUCUCCACGCACAUGGCGUUAAUUCCAUGGGAAUCCACACAGACCCUCAUCCCCCUCUUCUUUUCUUUGAACAGUGCUGGGGCCGCCACUUUAGAUUUGGCGGGCUGAAUGAAACGUCUUGCCAAAUUGGUGUUGAUGUACUUCCUCAAUUCGUCCAUCUCUCUAAGGAUCAUGGAAUACAUUUUGAGCUUAGCUCCUGGCACAAUGGGGCGGGGGGGAGAGAUAUUACAUUUGUGCUCUCUGAAUGCAUCUGCCAUGUCCCUGUACUCUUAGGGCACCUGGGGGAAGCCAGGUGGGCAAUCCGCAGCGGCUGCUACCCCCUCUCCCCAACCAGGGCUGAUUGGGGGCUGAAAUGGUUGAGCUUCACCUUGAGGAAAUGGUGGUAGUGGGCCGAUGCCUAUUUUUAGCUUUUGGUAGCCGUCUUCCCACGUGAUGGCUGGACCCCAUUUGUCCAGCCAAGCAAAGCCUAGGAUGACCAACUCUUGUCAUCUUUGGGCAGGGGUGAAAUAUUCCCGGUUCGGACCGGAUCACCUGAUCUGGUAGCGAUGGUGGCGGGUGGUUUGGAGAACCAGUAGCAAAAAUCCCUGCCCCCGCCCCCUGCCCCUACUGAGCUGCGCCAUCAUCAGGUUUUUUAAAAAACUUUUAAAAUCAUUUUUCUUCAGCCGAAAAAUGCUUUUAAAAGGAAAAAAAAAGCCUUUGAUGAUCGUGGGGCUCAGCUGGGAUCGUCAGAACCCUUUAAACUUUUUUUUAACAACCUCUUCGGCCGAAGAGGUUGUAAAAAAGGUAUUAAAAGGCUCCUCUGGCAAUCCCACCUGAGUUGCCUGAUCACCAGAACCUUUAAAAAACAUGUUUUCUAAAAGCUCUUUGGCCGAAGAGGUUGUUAAAACAAUCCUUUUAAAAAGUUCUGGCAAUCGGGCAACUUCAGCUGGGAUUGUCAGAGGAGCCUUGUAAAAUCUUUUUUUUUUCUCUGGCGAUCCCAGUUGAGUUGCCUGAUCAUCACAGGCUUUUAAAAAUCAUUUUUUACAACCUCUUACAUCAGCCCCAAUCGCCCAGUCCCCACUUGCCCAAUUGCUGCUCCUUUCGGACUCGCAAAGCCUUGCUUUGCUUUGGCUGCUGCAAUCAGUUGCAUCAACUAGCAAUUGAAUCUGCCUGCCUGCAAUCUAUCUCCUUGGUGAGCAACUCAAUAUGCCUUUGCUGGCUGAGGAACUCUGGGAGUUGAAGUCCACAAACCUUAAAGUUACUAAGGUUGGAGAGCCCUGAUCUAAAAAAAUAUAAAUAAAAUAAAAUAAUAAAAUAUUUGUGCAGCUUUCUGAGAUUUGUUGUGUUUCUGUAGUGUUUCACUCUAAUUACACAAACACACAAAAUCUCACAAAGCUGCAUGUGGCAUUUUGUGUGUGUCAGUUGUGUUGUGUUGUGUGUGUGUAAAGUGUGAAAGUUGGUUUUUGAGCUUUUUGUGGCUGUGUGAGGUUCCUGCUUGUUGCAGGGGCCGUUUUGGGUGAGGUGCAGCUGCUUUUACAUUGUAUGUGAGUCAGUUGUGUUGUGUUGUAUGUAAAGUGUGAAAGUCGCUUUUUGGUACCUCAUUGUUUUGUAUACUUUGUUUAUUAUUUUUAUUAUUUAUUGUUAUUGGCCACACCCACCCAGUCAUCUGACCACCAAGUCACACCCACCAAUUAAGCCAUGCCACAGAACCAGUAGGGAAAAUUUUUAGAUUUCACCCCUGUCUUCGGGUCUACCAUGAAGUGUAUAAGUUCCCAAUGAUGUCCCAUCUCCAGUUUCACAAGUUUGGUGACUACAAUGGCUGGGGCUUCGACUAUUAACAUUCCAUCAACUUUCUUGAAGUGUAUUGGACAUCCGACUUCUGGAGAGAGUUGCUAAAGUCCAUAGGAUUGACCCAAGGGCUUAGCUCAGCUUUUCAUCCAAGUACUAAUGGAGCUGUGGAACGCACAAAUGCCAUGGUGGAGCAGUAUCUGAGAUGCUAUGUGGACUAUCAGCAAAACAAUUGGGUGGACUUGCUGCCUUUCCCGGAGGUGGCUUUCAACAAGUCAGUGCACAGUAGCACCUACUGACCCCCUUCCAAAUCACUAGCAACAUGGACUUUGUCCCCAUGCCCGAGCUGCCUCGAGAGCUGCCAUCAUCCAUGACCCUGGCAAAGUGUAUGGAAUUAUUAAGGCUGGGUUGAGAGAAUACGAAGUGAGCCCUGGCUGAGGUAAUAAAGGCGUACAAAAAACAGGCAGAUAUGCACCAGUCCCUCCAUCCCCUCUUCCAGGUGGGAGAUCAUGUAUACUUGUCAAUAAAAUAAGCUAAAAUUGUCUAGCAAGAAACUGGGACCUAAGUUUCUAGGGCCAUUCUCAAUAGUGACAGUAAUUAACCCAGUGACAGUACAACUUAGUCUCCAACGCCUGCUAGGAAAAGUGCAUCCAGUUUUCUAUAGCAGCUUGUUAAAGUCUGCAGUUAACUCACAGCUAAGACUGAGGAACAGAGGAGCCCCUUAACCAGUUGUGGUACAGGGUGAGACCCACUAUGAGGUUAAGAAAAUAUUGGACUCAAGGUUACACUGGGAUCGCUUGCAAUACUUAGUCCACUGGAAGGGGUGUUCCUUGUCUGAGGCUACAUAGGUGAAGAGCUGGGAUGUGAAAGCAUAUAGGUUAGUAAAACAAUUCUGUGAGAAAUUCCCUUGCAAGCCAAAGGGGCCCCUGGGGGGCGGGGAAAGAUGGUUAGGAACAGCAUUAUUAAUCCCUAUCACUUAUCUCGUUUCAGGAUGUCAUCCCUGGAGCCAUCUUUAAUGGGACUCUUCAGGGCUAUCAUAGCGGUGCCUGGGCAAGCUUUGGGAAUGGGAAGGGGGAAGUAGAGAUAGUGUGGCGUGUGUAAACAUAACGUUCUUUUCCUUGGGAGUCAAGGACAUCUUGGCAGCACCUGGCGAGGCAUGUCUGGAAGGGCCUCUGGUGGCUCAACAGACUAAGCAAUCUGUUAUUAACACAGCUGCUUGCAAUUACUGCAAGUUCAAGUCCCACCAGGCCCAAGGUUGACUCAGCCUUCCAUCCUUUAUAAGGUAGGUAAAAUGAGGACCCAGAUUGUUGGGGGCAAUAAAAGUUGACUUUGUAUAUAAUACACAAAUGGAUGAAGACUAUUGCUUAACACAAUGUAAGCCGCCCUGAGUCUUCGGAGAAGAGGGGGAUAUAAAUUCAAAUUAAAAAAAAAAGUUAAUUGAAGUUGGGACAGUGACCAGAUUGGGCCAUGGGCCGCAUAUGUGCUUGGCGGGGAAGAACCUUUGAUUUUACUUCGGGGUGGGGUUUUCAGAUUCGGGUUUUUCCCAGAUGUGCCCAAAUGAUCUCUAAUAAAUUUGUACUUUGAGGAAGAUGCCUGCUUCGGCGUGUUGAUUGUGUUGGGGGUGUUACUUGGAACCCUGACAGAAGGCACUUUAGAAGUGCAUUAGCGGGGGGGAGAUAGGUAUUGCGGCUGAUUCAUUUAACGGGAUCCACUUAACAAAUUCUUAUGGUACAAAUGUGAUUGGCAGGCUCCAUUCCAUUUGUAAUGCUAGGAUUCCCUGUAUAUUGCAGUUUCACAAAAAUUGAGAAGGAAAUUCACUUGACUUUCUACACGUUGAUCUUUUUCCCUAACCUUGUUAUCAUUUUCAUUUCUCUUUUCUUUGGAAGCUACAGUGGGCAGGCAAAUAAAGAUUCUGAAAAGCCAUUCCAAGUUAUUAUUAUUAUUAUUAUUAUUUAUUUGAUUUUUAUACCGCCCUUCUCCCGAAGGACUCAGGGCGGUGUACAGGCAAGAUAAAACAUACAAUGUACAAAUUAAAAUGCAAUUUAAAAAACUUAUUUUA